UAAAAGAUGAAUACUGAGAGACCAUCAAGGAUAGGUGCGAAGAAGACCUACGCACAGCUAGAACAAGAGAAUAAGGAGUUAAAGCUUGAGUUGAGACAGUUGAGAAGAGAGAAUAAGAGAAUCGUAGUAGAGAAUAUGAGUUUAAGGAAAGGGGUAGGGAGUUGAAGUAAGACGAAUGAGGCUUUGAAGGGGAAUGGAAGGACGACAGAAAUUACAGACAGAAUGGAUACUACCUAUACACAGAAUUAUACUGAAAAGGGCCGCGAUACUUUUGAUGCACAUGAUGUUGUCAUUGAUAAAGAUCUUUUAAAUGACUCUAAUACUUUCACAUCCCCCGUAAAUAAAAGAAAUUUGUCCUGAAAUCUAUCAUCAUCAAAUAUAACUCUUAACUCAUCGAGAAGAGUCUAUGGAUCAAAUGUAAAGAGUAGAUUGUCAACUUCUCCAUUUCAGAACAAAACUCUUUCAAAUAUAAAGACUUUAGGAAAAAUGUCAUACAUCCCCAAAAGGUACAAAGGCUUAAAAACAAGCUUCACAAAACCAAAUAUUAAAUUCAGAAAGCCAUUAUCAAUCAGCCCUAGCAGAGUGUAUAAAUUAAAGAUGAAUUCUCCUGAAAAUACUGAGGAUGGGUCUUCCCACCUAACUCCAUAUGUACUAAAGAGGAGCUCAAAGCGUCAAAGCUUCUUGCCUUCGCCAAAGGAUUCUAACAAAUUCAGCUUAAAGUACACUCCAAAGCCAACCUCAACUAAACUGUACAGAGAUCCUAGUAACAAGAAGUUGUACAAAACUGCUACGAAGAAUUCGAAAUAUCGUGAAGAAGAGAAGAAAGGUGAAAUUUUUGAGCCUUCUAGCUCAAUCAAAAACCGCAAAAAGCAGAAGCAAGCCUUCCUUGAAGAGCAGCCAAAAUCUAAGGAGAAGAUCUUCAGUGGUGUCAAGAAACCAAAGAUUAGUAAGAAGAAAAUGCAAGCUAUUGAGAACAGAAAAUAAAGAAAUUUCAAGCCAGAUUUAUUGUAUUGCACCUGAGCUAAACCCUAGCUUAAAGGAAAAUCCCUUCGAGCUGUCUGAUGAUACUGCUUACGAGCGGUCAAGACACUCACAUCACAGGAUCGGUAAAUACUCCCGAGUGGUUACCAUGAAGAGGUCUAGUCGAGGAAAUAGAGCCGAGAAAAGAAUCAGCAUUAGUGUCAGUAACCAUAAUCAUUUCGGAACUCCAAAAUUUGAUAAAAUAUUUGAGGAUUUCUUCAUCAUUGGAAUUGAGCCCAAGAAGAAAGUCAAGAAUGAUGACAAAGGGUUUGGAUUCCCAAAAGUUCUAUAUAGCUAUAUAGAUUAUUCUAGUAAGGAAGACCAGUCAAGAGUUGAUUCGAUGAUUGAUUUCUGAUUCCCAGAAGGACUUUCAGUUGAAGAGAUAGAUCCUAAUGAUUCUUUGAAUAGUCCGUAUAUAGAAGAAGUGCUAUAUUCUAAGCAUCCUUAUCGGAAAAAUAGUUUUGUAUUCACCCUGAACAACACUGAGCAGAAGGACAAGGAAGCAGAAUAUAUAAAUUUCUUGUGAGUGAGGUUCUUAGAUCUGGUAAAGUGUAAAUAAAAUGUAUAAGAAAGCAGUAUAUUUAACAAAGAAAGCAUACUGAUUUAAAUUCAACCAUUCCUGAUAUGACCUUGUUCUCGAUAUUGCUAAUACAAUGAUCAGUAUGAUGAAAGAUUCCUGGGUUCACGAGCUAAAUAGACUUUCCAUUGCUGAUUCUAGAUCCAGUGAGGCUUCAACUACUUUGAAUAAAGAGUUAAGUGCUUACUUGAGAAAUGAGCUGAUUACAGGGGAGAUGAAGAAUAUGCUUGAUGAAAUAAGCCUUUAUGACUUUUCAAAACAUACAGGGUCAAAUAUCCAACACAGAGCUCAAGGAGAAAUUAUGUGGAUUAAUUACACCCAGCCAUCCUUAAGAGAGUACAAGUAUUACGAUACAAAGUGGUUCUGCCCUAUAUUGUUUCAAAAUCUAAGUUUAGAAAACUUUAUCAUGGCACUAUUUGCGAUCAUGUUAGAGAAAUCAAUAAUCUUUAUCUCAAAAGAUGUCCAAUAUUGAUCAUGAGUAGUGCUUGGGCUAAAGAAUCUUAUCGAGCCUUUCCGGAUCUGAUUCGCAAUAAUUCCAGUUAUGCCUCAGCAUGUAAUUGAGUAUUUAUCAGCUCCUGUUCCUCUUCUUGUGGGACUGCCGAGCAACCUUGUAGAGAUAAACAAAAUUGAUUACCAAAAUUUUGAAGCUGAUAUGGCAGAAGACCUAAACUGGGUCAAUUUGGACGAUGAAUCCCAGUCUAAAUGGAAUUCCGAAAUGACUCUUCCAUUUUGAGCAGGCCUUAAGGAGAAAAUUAGAGAGGAUUAUGACUUUAUCAGAUCUUUCCCAAAGAGUUUGAUAGAGCAUCAAAGUGAUGAAGUUGAUCAAAAAGUGAGAAGCAUAGUUGAUAUCAUCAAAGAUUGUAUUUUUGAUACCUUUAUUAACCCAAUACCGUUAUCAAUAGGCUUUAGUGUUGAACAAGACUCUGAUAGCAAAUUUCCUAGAGAGGUUAAAAGUCCCAGGACUCAAGAAAGACUGUCUAAGAUUGAUAGAGACGAGAUUAAAAUUGAAAACCCAGUUGAUGAGAAAUUCUUCCAGGAGUUCUAUGACUCUUUGAUGUUCCAGACCUUCUUAGAGGAAUAUAAUAAAGAUAGUGAAGAGUAAAGCAUACACUUAAACAUUCAACUUA